AUGAAUCCGGCUCUGAGGCUGGUCUUGCGCCAGAGAUCGGCUGCUGCUGCUGCUGCUGCUGUUCCGCGCAUCGCAGCUGUGCGACAGGCGAGAAGCUAUGCGACGAAACAGCCAAGUCCAGUGGCACAGUUCUACAAGACGUUUACCCGCCCGAUAGGCAAAGUCCUCGUCCUCGCCGUCUUCACAUACCAGGUCGCAUACUGGACCUGGACGAAACUCGAGGCCGAUGAGCACAUCGCGGAAGCUGACGGUGAGCGAGAAUGA